ACUGNUGUACUGAGGUAUAAUCAGAAAGAAGAGAAUAAGGAAUCUUCAGAAUCAUGUUCUGCUAAUAGCAUAGAAGUUAGUUCAUCUAUGCUGGAUGCAAGCGUUACCAAACCUGGUCUUAGCUCAAGCAGUUGUAACAGAACAAGAAGUAUAGUUACAAAAGGUGAUGAAAGAUCAUUGUCAAGAGAAAAGGGGGAGAUAUCUCAAAGUUCAAAGAGUAGCAUCGGGGAUUAUAGCAGCACCACGAGCGUUAGCGAAGAAAGCUAUCGCAGUGGGUCUAGCCGCAGUGGCUAUCGGCCUCAUAUGUCCAAGGAUUUGAGAUGGGAAGCCAUUCGUUGUGUUCAGAAGCAGCAUGGAAACAUUAGUUUAAGGCAAUUUAAGUUGCUUAAAAAACUUGGCGGAGGGGACAUUGGGACUGUUUAUCUAUCUGAACUAAUGGGCACGAACUGUCUGUUUGCUGUGAAAGUUAUGGACAAUGACUUUCUGACCAGCAGGAGGAAGAUGACAAGAGCGCAGACCGAAAAAGAAAUACUGCAAAUACUGGAUCAUCCAUUUCUUCCUACGCUCUAUGCCCAUAUUACCAAUGACAAAUAUUCAUGUUUAGUGAUGGAAUAUUGUCCAGGAGGUGAUCUCCAUGUGCUCCGACAAAAGCAACCCAACAAGAAUUUCUCUGAACAAGCAGCCAGAUUUUAUGUCGCUGAAGUUCUUCUUGCUUUGGAAUACCUUCACAUGCUUGGAGUCAUUUACCGAGACUUAAAACCAGAGAAUGUCUUGGUUCGAGAAGAUGGUCAUAUCAUGCUCUCCGACUUUGAUUUGUCUCUUAGGUGUGCUGUUAAUCCUAUGUUGGUGAAAUCAUCAUCUCCUGUCGUUAAGCCUCCAAAGACGUCUAGUCCAUGCUCGGAAUCUAGCUGCAUAGAUCCCUUUUGCCUACAUCCAUCCUGGCAAGUGUCCUGCUUCACCCCUAGAUUUUUAUCUGCAGCAGGUAAGACACGUAAGCUAAAAGCGGACAUUGCUGCACAAGUCACACCUUUGCCACAGCUGGUAGUGGAGCCAACCGAUGCCCGCUCCAACUCGUUCGUAGGAACCCAUGAGUACCUGGCACCAGAGAUCAUCAAAGGAGAAGGUCAUGGCAGUGCAGUAGAUUGGUGGAUGUUUGGUAUCUUUUUAUAUGAACUGUUAUAUGGAAGGACACCUUUCAAAGGACCAGGAAAUGAGGAUACAUUAGCCAACGUGGUUUCUCAGUGUCUCAAGUUCCCUGCAUAUCCUAUGGUUAGCUCUAGUGCGAGAGAUUUGAUCAGACGGUUGUUGCAGAAGGAACCCGAGAAUAGGUUGGGAGCUGAGAAAGGGGCAGCAGCGAUAAAGCAGCAUUCUUUCUUCGAGGGACUUAACUGGGCGUUAAUACGAUGUGAAACACCACCAGAACUGCCUAGAUUCUGUGACUUGGGAAAUGUAAUCCCUGAUACCAACCAACAGAACAAGGAGAGUGCCAAGCCUCAAAAAGAGUUCAAAAGUAUAGGAGAGGAUAUUGAGUUUGAGAUGUUUUAGCGAUACUAGAACUGAGAAUGGAUAGGUUUGUUUUCUCUUCUUUCUUUCUCUCCUUUUUAACACGAUAUCUCUUAUCCAUGUAAGUGGUAUACAUACAUAUAGCAUAUAGUGUAAAAUCCAGAACUUGGCAUCAAUUGAAUAGCAGAAUAUACCAUGUUUUGUAGUAACAAAGUUGUGCUUGGGAGUGGAGUAAUUUGAAGCAGCGAGAAUGGAAAUUGGAUGUAAAGAGGCUUCAAAAAGGUUUCAGAUUUUACUCUAAGUUGCUGUUGAUUGGAUACUUAUAGACACAUUUGUCCGAGUUUUCAGCUAAGCGUGGGAUUUGAUUCCUCUUUAGAGUAUAUAAAGAAACUUGGUGAAUGCAGAAAAACAGAACAAAGUUCCUUUUGAAACAAACAAUAUUUUCUAGCUCAGCAGUGACCAAAUUGGGAGGUUAAUGCAUGAAAUCCUCUGCCAUGUCCAGGACUUCAUGUUACUCAAACUCUUAGAAGUAGACUUAUCUAAAGAUAUCAUCCUGAACAUCUCCUUUGUCAAGUCGACCCGAGAAUUCUGCA